GCCACAAUCCCCGUGAGCCGCGUUGAGAUGCGCAUUCACACUGAGCUGCCAGUUUCCUCCGGAGGACGGAGCCGCUCCAGGCUGAAUUACAUGCGCAGUCCUGCCGUGAAUCACACAUCACCACGGCAACCGGCGCUCACACCGAGUCCCCGUCAGCAUCAGCGAGGUCCGAUCCCAUCCACAGGCGACCGGAGAGCACAGAAAACCACAAUCCAUCCAGGCAUUUUCAGGCAGCUGAGCAGCCAUGGUGAAACUGGGCAGUAAUCUGUCUGAGAAGCUGGAGAAGCAGCCGUCUGCGGACGACGGCUUUGAUAACAUCCCCCUCAUCACACCCCUGGAGGUCAACCAGCUCCAGCAGCCAUUCGCAGACAAGAUCAUUGUGAAGACAUCGACACAGUACCAGCUGCAGCAGAGGAAGAACAAGCUGUACGUUCCGAACAUAAAGAAACUGAAUAUCAACUUCUACAGUGAUGUUUCAGAGAAAGCCAAGAUCACAGGUCUGAUCCUCAUCACUUUGGCCUUCUUGACCAGCCUGCUCCUCCUGCUUAUGUACAAAGCCAUGUGGUACGACCAACUAACCUGCCCAGAGGGUUUUAUCCUUAGGAAGCACUGCACCCCGGCAGCUCUGGAGAUGUACUACACAGAGCAGCAGCAGCAACAGCAGGAGCCAGGGGUCCAUGGCGGCACCGACACCGGGCUGUACGCUGCUCUCAGCCACCUCAACCAGGUCAAGAGGACUGGACCUGAGCUGCCAUCGCCAUGGCUACCAGUCAUCAGCGCUCUGAAGGAGGCUGAGGUGGCAAAACAAGUCAGCGAGCCGCCAAAAGGAGUGCUGGAGGGAGAGGAGUGAAGGGUCUGAUGGAAAUUCAGAUAUCAGAGGAGGAAAUGGUGAUGGGCAGUAACGUAGGUUACUUUUUGUUUGUGUGUGUGUGUGUGAGAGUGUGUGUGUGGGUGUGUGUUUUCUUUUUCCUCUCCCAGACCAGUCCAUUGACUCUUUUGUCUAUAGUGGUGCUCCUAAACCUUAAAAGUAUUUGAAUAUCUGCCAAACGGUUGAAUCAACAACGUAAAGAAGUUCAAUCAACUUCAAUCCACUAUAUUCUGUUAAUAUUUAAUAUAAGCUAAUACCCAACUGUGGUGGUGGUGUGUGUGUGUGUGUGUGUGUGUGUGUAUGUAUGUGUGUGGCGAGUUGUUGUGGUUAGAGGCAGGAAUGUUAUUAAAGUGUUGGAGAAUGUGCCUGACUUUUACAGUGUUACUGAGUCAUGAGAAAACACCGCCAACUGCGUUCUGUGUGUGUGUGUGUGUGUGUGUGUGUGUAGUAUACAAUCGUGUAAAUACACUGUAAAUGCAUAUUUACAUUCAUGUGCAGUGUGUGUGUGUUUGUGUGCAUACACUGUAUGAUUUGUGUACUUGUCUGAGAAAGUUGGAGGUGAGAGAAGCGAAGCGAGGUGAGACCUCGGAGCAAGAAGUGAAGAUAACAAGUCCUCAUCACUCCAUCUUGUUAUCUCACCGUCUAUUCAUUUAGUCUUAGAGGGGAAUGUAUGAAAUCAGCAGUGAAUGUGCUCACUCUUCAUCCAUUAAGACAAGGAACUGUAAUUGUCCAUUUUAAUAUUUGAUGGAAUGAGUUGAUUCCUGAUCUUAUUAUCUCAAAACUGAAAAUGACAUUUCUGUAAAAUUAAAGUCUGCUGAAAGUGUGUUUUUAAAGUCAACUCUUACACAGCAAGUUACUUGAGUUACACAACAACAAUCAUUCUGUCUGUUUUAAAAUAGAGUCACACAGUGGCUUUGGAAAGUAUCAAAUGAUCAGAAGUCUGUAAAACGUGUUUUUUUUCUUGGGUUAUUGUGUGUGGAGUUAAUCACCAAAAAGUAAAUUUAAUCCAUUUUAAAUUAAAUAUAAAACACAAUGAAGUGUGGAACAAGUAAAGCUGCCUGAAUACUUUCCCAAGCCACUGAACAAGUCUUCAUUUGAAGAAUCUUGUCACGUUAUAUUCUCUGUGUGUGACUUACUGUAAUUAUGGAUGAGACUUGAGAAGUUAAUGUAUUAUUACAAAACCUCUACAUUUCCGUAAUGCUAUAUGUUCAUGUGUGUAAGGUGACUGUAAAAACUAGCCAAUUAUCCUCCAUCCAAGUUUUGUCAUUAAUUUUGUUUUUGAUUUACGUUGCUGUCAGUAUUCUGUAAGAGCCUUGUAAAUCAACAUGUACACUGUAAUAAUCACAGGGUUAACUUGUCAUGAUCUUUAUAUGAAUGUAGCUGCGUUAAUCAUGCAAGAGAUGUAAUUAGUGCUUAGAAUGUACUACCUAAACAAGUCUAUAGUCUUUACAUUUUUCUAUUUAUUUCAUUAACAGACUAUUUAUGUGUUUAUUAUUUGGUGUCUUUUGAAUGGAAAACCCGUGGUUGCAAAUUUUGAAGGUACUGUUACAUACAUUUAUUUUAAAGAGAGGAAAAACAAUCAUGUGAAGUUCAUCUCUCAAAAAACAGCUAUUGUUGAUUUUUAACAACCAGAAAUGAGAAAAUUACCUGACAAGUCUUGUAAUUUGUCUGACUGAUCGUUUCUCUUUGUCUUGCCAUUAUGGCGGAAAUCUUAUUUUGAAACAACAGUCUGCAUGUGAGUAGGAGGAAUGUGAGAUCACAGCACAGCUUGUCCCCCGGGUUCAAGUGCCAAACAUUUACAUCAGACCCAUCUGCUCUGAUGUCACUGACUGCACAGGAAUAAAUGACUUAAGUGUU